AUGAAGUUAACAAUCUGUCAAAUUGGUAAAUUAUUUCUGCUGCUGACAGCCUUCUUCCUACUCCUGCUGGGUGUGCAUUGUACACUGGCGGGCUUUGAGUCCACCACACAGAGAGUUGCCAACGUAAAACGAGGUGCAUUGGAUGCUGCUACUGCUGGUGAAUUGACAACAACGAGUGCAAAAAUAACUGUAACAACAACAGCAACGACAAAAACGAAACAAAUCACUACAGCCAUUAAUGCAAGUGCUGUCAGAGCAGUGAUAGUUGACAACAAUAAUAAUAAUAAUAAUAAUAAUAAUAGCAAGAAAAAUAAUAGUGCAGGCGACUGUAAGGUAGAAGCUGGCGUGAAGGCUGAACAGCUAUCCGAAGUACGAGUACAACAAAAUUUAAUUUCAAAGGUAAAUAUUGUAGAAAACAAACCAAAAAUCAAAGAAACAACCCAGACAACUGUGGGAAAACAGAUAGGACAAGUGACAACAGCUCAACGCACGACUGGGGCGGCCACAUUAACAAGCCCGUUGGGAUCGACGGCGUUGGAGCACGAUUUCACAAAAAUAAAGGCUUAUAGAACAACAACAGUGGAAGUGGAGAAGUCAGCGGAAAUCGGGAAGCCACUGACGCUGGCAGUGGCAACAGCAGCAGCAGCAGCAUCAACAGCAGAAAUACGAAGAGGAAAGGAUGGGCAGUUGUCAACAGUUGGACAACAUGUUGCGGAAACUGCGAAAGACAGACCACAACGACAACAACAUUUGCUCGCAAAACAAAAGCAACAGCAAGGACAACUGCAAACGUUGCCAGACAAUCAGCAGCAAAGUCAACAGCAACAAGUGCAGCAACAACAACAUCAAAAAGUCACUGCACGGCGACCAACAGAGCAAGUUGGCACAAAACUGCGGCCAACAAUAGCAAGACAAACAACAACACCGUCAACUUACUCAACGGCCAUGUCUGCCAAAACAACUACUGGCAUUCACUCAUCCAGCCAAACGAGUAAAAUUAAAAAGUUUCCAACCAAAGUGUCAAAGCAGCAGCAACAACAGCAACGCCAAAAAUACCAACAAAACCCAGCAAAUGGGAAGACUCAACCGAAAGACAACCGAAACCAAAGCAAACAAAAGCGACGUGAAGCGCAACUGAGGCAGCAGCAACAGCAGCAGCGCCAACAACGGGCGAAUGGCGCAGAAAAACAACAGCUGUUCAAUCAGAAACAACUACUGACACAACAGCAACAACUAAAAGAGGCUGCUGAGCUGCAACUAGUAGCAAGAGAGCAAUUGCAACAGGAUGCACAGCACGUGCCACAACAGCAACCGCAGCAAAAUCAGCAGCAGUCGCUGCCAAGACCCGCACACGCCACCCAUGGCCGCCAGCAUGUAGGCGUUUUAAUUCCGUCCCGCAUACUGGACGUGUUGCAAGUGCAACAGGGUUUUCACAAUUUUCUGGAUUUCUUUCACGUCAAUCUACAAAAUGUCAGCGUCGAUUUUAUACGUGACGAUG